CAGUUUGUGAAGGAAUCGUGCAUCUCGUAUACCUACCUAGACUAUCAUUCAAAUAGACGUAACGAUUUGAUCGCCGACGGUCAAUGAGUCUAUACCUGUAUUGUGCUCGAACAGAAAACAUAACACGCUCGUUUUUCGCCGAUAUAUCUCAAUCAUGCCUUUAAUAAACGAUGGAUCUGGGAUCGUUCUCAAAGAAUCCAUAAAAAUUAAAGAAAAAUCAAUUGUGCCAAUUACAGCAGAUGAAGAAUAUGCAAAAAAUCCAGAAAUAUCUAAAGAAAAUAUAGAAGAUUUAAGAAAAUGGGUAGUAACACAACCACAUUUACCACAAAACAUCCCAGAGGAAAUGCUGAUACUUUUUUACCAUAGCUGCUUUUUUGAUAUGGAACAAACCAGAAUUUGCAUAGAAAUUUACUACACACUCAAAACAGAAACUCCAGAAUUUUUUGCGAAUCGUGACGUUUUUAGGCCAGAACUUGUCAAUGCCCUCAAUGUUUUAGAUUACGGUUGUUUGCCAAUUCGCAACCCAAAUGACUACCAAAUUAUCUACCACAAAUUACGAAUUUUCGAGGCCAAUAAAUAUGUGUUUAAUGACGGUGUGAAGUUGUUGAUUAUGGCAAUGGAUGCAUGCUUCAAGGUGGACGGUACUUGUCCUGGCUAUAUAUUCUUAUUUGACAUGCGCGGUGUCCGAUUGGGCCAUCUCACAAGACUGAGCAUAUCUUCACUCCGAAAAUUCUUCACGUUCAUACAAGAAGGAUUACCUGUUCGUCUGAAGGGUAUUCAUGUCCUAAACACGCAAUCAAUUGUUGACAAAAUUAUGAUGUUGUUGAAACCUUUCAUGAAAAAAGAGCUGCUGAGUAUGGUGCACUUCUACACGGAAAGAGACGUGGAGAAAAUUUACGGAGCGGUGCCGAAAGAGUGUCUGCUCGAAGACUACGGCGGACUGGCGCAAUCCAUUGAGAAAACGCACGCUCACUUUAUCGAAUGGAUGAAAUUAAUGAAGCCGUUGUUUGAAAACGAUUAUCAAUACAAAUGCGACGAAUCAAAGAGGCCGAAAAAGAGUAAGAAGUCAAUAUCAACUUCAUUUAAAUCGUUGGAAAUCGACUGAUGUAAUAAAUCUUGACUACAAAUUGCAACGUUUAACAAUAAUCGAAAGACGAAAAAAACCACAAUUUAUAACGAUAUAUUCACGGGUCGGGUAAAAAUAAGAUUACUUAUUUAUAAGUAUUUAAUCUAACUUAUUUUGUUAGAAAAAAACUUAUAAGUUAUAACUAUGAUAUUGUGGUAAAAUGUAAUAUUUUUUUUAUUAUUAUUUUUAUAAACCUAGGAAAUGACGUAAAACUUUAUUAUAUGUUCGCAACACUGUACACAAACUGCACAAGUAUUUAGACAACACGCUGUACUUAGUAUUAUAAAUUAUGGCGAUAUGUGUAUAUAAUAUAUAUAAAAUAAAUAUGUUUAUUACAAAAGAACAAUAU